CUCUAAGUCUGUUUUAAAUGUCCAUCAAUACGUAAGAUGUAAAACAGACAUUAACUCCCCCAACUAGUGUUUUAUGGUUGUUGUUGUUGUUGUCGUGACAACUGUGAGUGCGGGUGAGUCUCUCUCUCUCUCUGUCUGUCUCUCUACCUGUCUGCCUGUCCUGACCUAUCGAUGACACUCUCUCCUCCCUCACCAACGAGGCUCCUCCCAUCACACAUGUGACCUAUCGAUGACACUCUCUCCUCCCUCACCAACGAGGCUCCUCCCAUCACACAUGUGACCUAUCGAUGACACGCUCUCCUCCCUCACCAACGAGGCUCCUCCCAUCACACAUGUGACCUAUCGAUGACACUCUCUCCUCCCUCACCAACGAGGCUCCUCCCAUCACACAUGUGACCUCACUAGUUUAAUAGAAACUCAGAGACUCUGCAGAAGUUUCUUCACCUUCUGAAGCUCUUAAGCUCUUAUUUUAACGUGUCUGCUCACGAUGUCGGGAUCCACCAGCGACCAGCUGCACAGAUCCACCCUGACCGUCUACCUGAACCUGAUGGAGACCUUCAAUCCGGGCCUCCAGAACCUGGUCGCUUUAGGAAACAGCUACGUCAUGGCCUUCCAAGCGUUAGCUGUUAGCAGCGAGGCGUACUUUAGCGCUGUGGCUAAGAUGGGUGACCAGGCGCUCCACACGCUGUCAUCCCGCUCUCUGGGGGACGUCCUGGUCCAGAUCUCAGAGACGCAGAGGAGACUCACGGCAGAGAUGGAGGGAGUGUUCCGUUGGUUCCAGAUCGAGGUGCUACAAGCCAUGGAGAAGAACGUCCAGCUGGAUGAGGAGUACAUCGAUGGAAGCCGGCGCGUGUACGAGCUGGAGGUGAGGAACCAGGCCGAAGCUCUGGAGAAGCAGCUGAGACGAGGAGCCUACAGAGACUCUCUGGAGAACACGGAGUACAUGACGUACCUGAGGCAGAGCCAGCAGGAGAUCCUGAAGGAGGAGGAGAGGAGGUAUCGCUUCCUGGCAGAGAAGCACUGCGGCCUCACGCAGUCACUGCUGUUCCUCAUUAACAAGACCGGAGCUUCUCUCCAGCAGAAGGCCGACAGAUGGAAGGAGAAGGUCAACGAGACCCGGGGGUCCAGGCCUCGGACCCCUACCCACGUGGACCAGGAGGCUCAGCUGCGAGGCUCCGUGAGCUCCCUCCUGCAGACCGUGGCCAGAGACGAGGACAUGUCGUGGGCCCGCAGGGAGCAGCAGGCUCUGGGCAGGCUGCCCUCUAGAGCUCCGUCUCCCCUCCCCAGCCGCUCCCGCUCCGGCUCGGUGGGGGAGUCCCCGGGUCCGGGCGGGGGGAGGGCCAUGAGGGCGCUGGUGUCUCACCCGUCUUCCUCCAACCCAAAGCUCCUCCCCUUCAGCCGGGGGGAGGCGGUCACCGUGCUGGUCGUGGAGCCGCGCAACGGCUGGCUGUACGGACGCACGGACAGCAGCCUGCGUCAGGGCUGGUUUCCUGCGGCCUACGUUUCCCCCGUGGAGGAUUCCUCCAGCACGUUCUCUACCAGCGGGGGCUCGCUCCGCAGCCACAGCAUGAACAACCUACUGGACCCCAGCGACACCUGCACCGACCAAUCGGAGGGCAGGAGCUUCGGCGACGUCCCGCCUCCAGCCACGCCCGACCGCAGGGCCUCCGUGGACGCCCAGCCGAGCCCCCGGGAGUCGGGCUACGACGAGCCUCCUCCACCUCCUCCACCUCCGCCCCCCCCGGCCCCCCCGGCCCCCCCUCACCGGAGGAGCUCCACGGACCGGCGGGCAACGUCUCCGCGGCCGGACCAGAGGCCCGACUCUGAGCCCCAGGCUCGGUCCCCGCACGGGCCUCCUGAAAACCUGCUGUUUCCAAGAGGAACUAACCCGUUCUCCACCGUGAAGCUUCGUCCUACGACCACUGAUGACAGAUCUUCUCCUCACCUGCUAUGAGGCUUCUACGUUGGAUGGAGGAGUAGGAGUUAGAAAAGGAGGAGGAGGAGGAGGAGGAGUUAGAGGAGGAGGAGGAAGAGGAGGAGGAAGAUUUACCUAACGUUAACGUUUGUUAAGUUUUAUUCAUGCACAGAAACGCUGUUUGAGUCGUAACUAAGAAACAGAAGUUGUUCCAUGCGUUGCUUCCUCCCGCUCUUUCAAAGUAAAAGGGGACGUCUAUCUGCUGAAUAUGAAACUGUGUGAUAGAGUCCUUUCAAAAUAAACCUCCAUCUUCAUCAGGAAACUCAGACUCCUCUGAGACAACAAACCCAUGCGUGAUGUAGCUUAACCUAACGUAGCCUAGCCUAGCCUAGCUUAGCGUAGCUUAGCUUGUUGCAAGUGACAGACACUUGAUGGACACUAAAAGGAAAUAUAAAAUGAUGCAUUAUUUUUUUGAAACAGUUGCGAAGCAGUGCUAGUGUGGACUAUCAGAGACCUUAUGCUAAGCUAACGCUACCUGUCAGCUGCAUAUCUAUGGCACAUGCGAUGGGAUCAAUAUCUUAUUUUUGUCAGAUUUUGUCAAAUUACUCAAGUUUAUUUAUUUCUGUCAUGUGUUUUCUCUCUUUGCUCAUUGGAUGAAUUAUUGUUUCCUGAGUCACAACCUUUAUUUUUUAAUUUGUAAUCUUCUUCGUCAUGUUUGUAACGUUUUGAUUCAACAAGUAAAGAGACAGUUGUUCCUCGA